AUGUCUCUUGCCACUCUCGAUACCUCCCAACAUCCCAAUCUCCCCGCUUCCUCAGCUACCCUGUUCGCAGCCAAAGCCAACAAACAGCUCAGUUUCGAACAAAUCGCCCAGCACAUCGGCCGUAACGAGGUCGCCGUUGCUGCCAUCUUCUACGGCCAAGCUAAAGCUUCCCCGGAGGAUAUCCAGAAGCUAUCCGAGGUCCUGGGCAUUAGCGAUGCCCUUUUAGAACAGCAGCUCAGUGGCUUCCCAGAUCGCGGCAAGUCGGUUGAGAUGCCACCCAAGGAGCCCCUGAUCUAUCGCUUGUACGAGAUUGUGCAGAAUUAUGGGUAUGCGUAUAAGGCGGUGCUGAAUGAGAAGUUUGGGGAUGGAAUUAUGAGUGCGAUUUCUUUUUCGACUAAGGUCGAGAAGGAGACUGAUGCGGAUGGCAAUAAUUGGGCUGUUAUUACUUUGCGUGGAAAGUGGUUGCCCUUCUCGCGUUUCUAG